AUUUUGUACACUGUUGUGGGUUUUAGUCACUUGUGUUGUUUAAUAAAAAAGAUGACUUCAGCUCCAUUAGAGUCGCUUGUACGAGUUGAAGAAAGGUUCAAUGAACAGGAUAAGCCAGUUGAUCGAGAGAAGACAUGUCCUCUUCUCUUGAGAGUGUUUUGUUGCACUGGAAGACACAAUAGUCCUGCUGAUUAUAGAGGUGGCAAGGUUCCUUCUAAUGAACUUCAGAUUUAUACCUGGUUAGACGCUACAUUACGUGAAAUAACUGGACUUGUUAAAGAAGUAAAUGAGGAUGCGAGAGCAAGAGGAACAAUGUUUGAUUUUUCUUUGGUUUAUCCUCAUCAGGCUACUCCAGGCUAUAGGUUUAGACACAUAGGCACAACAGUCACUGGCCAAUCAAGCCCGAGUGAUAAUAGAACUCUUGCUUCUCUUAGGUUUAACAUUGGAGAGUUCAUCGACGUAUGUAUCACACCACCGUCAAGAGUUACACCCAACAUGAUGAGGCGUGGAGGUGGUGGUAGACAGUACUGAGGGAGGCUUAACAAGGGUAGGUUACAGUUAGGAUAAUUGUGCCAUACCCUUUUAUAAUUCAUUCCGCCAUUGUAAGGAAUUGCAUUGCCCAUCAUUUAUUGUUGAUUUUAUAAAUUGACAUGUAUCACCGACUGUUCAAGAGUGGUGUUUUGUAUAUUUAAUUGUUAAAUUAAUCAGAAGUCAAAAUCAUUUAUAUUGAAUUUUUAUUUAAUGUAUUAUACUUUUUAGAUUGUACCAUUUUGUAAUGGUUUAGAACAAAGACAAUAGUUG